UGCGCGGUGGCUGAACGGAAGUCCGCGCAUGCGCACUGCUGACCCGCAGCUGAUGCAAGAAAGCGCAUUCGCGAGGCCACGGAGAAGAGACAGAGGCGGCGUUAAAUCAGCACUAAAGUUUACUACCACACAGCAAACAUGUCGGGGGACGAGAUGAUAUUUGACCCCACCAUGACCCGGAAGAAGAAAAAGAAGAAGAAGCCCUUCAUGCUGGACGAGGACGGGGGAGAUGGGCUCGGCGAGGAGACCCAGCAGCCGGAGGCCAAGGAGGCGGAGCCCGACGGCGGGGAGGAGCGCGACCUGGACCUGGAGGAGGACGAGGGCAAGAAAAAGGAGCCUUCAGAUGAUCUGGACGAUUUGAACUUUUUCAAUCAGAAAAAGAAGAAGAAGAAACCCAAGAAGGUUUUUGACAAUGACCUGGAGGAAGGUUUAAAGGAGCUGAAGAUCGAGGGCGAGCAGCCCGAGGCAGCAGAGGAGGAGGACCUGGACCUGAUGUUGCCGGCCAAGAAGAAGAAGCCCAAGAAGGUGGACUUCCAGGAGGAGGGAGAGAUGCAAGAGAAGGACGAGGCUCCAGAGGACGAGGACGGCAAAAAUGACGGCAUCACAUUCAGCACACAGACAGGUCCGGCCUGGGCGGGGACAGAGAGAGACUACACCUACGAGGAGCUGCUGAACCGGGUCUUCAACAUCAUGAGAGAGAAGAACCCUGACAUGGUGGCCGGGGAGAAGAGGAAGUUUGUGAUGAAACCGCCCCAGGUGGUCAGAGUCGGCACCAAGAAGACCUCCUUCGUCAACUUCACAGACAUCUGCAAACUGUUGCAUCGUCAGCCAAAACAUCUUCUGGCUUUCUUACUGGCUGAGCUUGGUACAAGUGGCUCUAUAGAUGGCAAUAACCAGCUGGUGAUCAAAGGAAGAUUUCAGCAGAAACAGAUUGAAAACGUCCUGCGAAGAUACAUCAAGGAGUACGUGACGUGUCACACCUGCCGCUCUCCGGACACCAUCCUGCAGAAGGACACGCGUCUGUACUUCCUGCAGUGUGAGACCUGCCACUCCCGCUGCUCCGUCGCCAGCAUCAAGACCGGCUUCCAGGCCGUCACGGGCAAGAGGGCACAGCUGCGCGCCAAGGCCAACUGAGCCCCAGCCAGCCGGGCUCCCAGCCAGCCGGGCUGCCCAGCCAGCCGGACUCCUGUGAACUGGGGGG